AUGCUCCCAGUCAAGCUGCGGCUCGCUCUAGACCGAACACCCGAUGUCCUUCAUACUGGCAUUCUUGUGGCCAAGGCACUCAAGCUUGAUAUCCUGCAUGGCCUGGACAUCGAACUGAUUUCUCCCGAUAAAGACCACGAUGCCAGUACACCUGCACAUGAGCUGAGCCUGGGGAACGUGGACCUUGCUAUCUGCUCUUCUGAAUUUAUCGUGUCUUCUCAGAUCUCUGAAAAUCCAGCACAACUCAAAUCGAUCUUUGCUUUGCUCGAUAGGGAUCCCUCAGCGAUUUUGUAUGCUGCAGAAAAUGGACAGCUAAAAGACCUAGCAGGAAAGACGUAUGGGAGUUCCAAUGCGCAAUUCGAGGAUAGCAUCAUCCAGGAAAUGGUCAAGAUUGCCGGCGGUGUUGAGCCAGUCAAGAUCUUCUCAAAUACAGCCAAUUUAGACCUCUACAGUGCAUUGCAAGAUGGCAUCGUAGAUGCAAUCUGGAUUUCCGAUCCAUGGGAAGGAGUAAAAGCUCGGAGAAACAAGUUCAAGGGAAGCGUACUUCAAUUGCGAAGAUUCGACUAUAUUCGCAGGUAUCUGCCUGUCCUUGCGUAUCGGGAAGGGCCCGGUUGUCUCUCCCUUGAACUGCUCAAAACGCUUACUUCCGUCCUGAGACAAGCUUACGAACACGCUUACGUCAACACAAUCGAAGCUGUCGAGAUCCUUGCAAGCUACUGUCCAACGGAAGACAAGGCAUUCUUGGCAGAAUCGUUCGAAGAAAUUCGACAAUACUGGUCUCGAGACCAUCGAUUCGGUCUCAAUCGCAUCGACAAGUGGAAAGCAAUUCUUUGGCAAAUGAAAAGGUAUGCUGGUCUCAAAACCCCACCACAAGAACGCUCUUGCUUUGUCUCGCUCCCAAAUCUUGAAGCUCCAAGCUCACUCAGGGCAUAUCUUACGAAACCUGAGAAACGGCGUCCAACUGCACACGCUCAGCUGCAAAAACGAGGUGUGCAUAAACAUGUUGUACCAUCGCCGACCAUCCAUUAUAUCAGCAGAACAACACAGCUACAUUCGCUAUUGAAGCGUAUUCGCGAACAGCUGAUUACUGGCAAAGAACGCAAGGUCACGUUGAUCGGUAUGGGCGCUGCCGUUGAAAGAACGGCAUUCCUGGCGCUCAAAUGCCAAGACAUGCUGACAAGUCCAAAUAUUACACCUGAUGCACCAAGUGUACCGACUGUAGCUCCUACUGAAAUAUCUCAAGUUGUUCAAAGAGGGCGGAAGGAUGUUAUCAAGCUGGUGACGCGAACAGGGACAGUCGAGAUAGUGGAUGAUUUGAUCCCGCAUAACCCAAACAAGGAUGCUUCCUCUCAGGUCAGACGCAACAGCAAGAUUGAAGUCGACCUAAUAGUUAUUGGACGAUAA